AUGGCGCUUGUGGCUGUGUCUGUAACUGUAAUGUAUAGCCUAAGAGACAAAGCAAUGGAAAAGCUCUCGGCAACAAAGAAGCCGGCUGCCGUCUCUGCAGCAAAGUACCGCACUAACGUCCUUAAAAGGGCGAAUGACGAGCAGAAAGCAGCCGGAACUCCCAAGAGUGUUUCCACCAGGCCUUCUCCCUCCAAGCAAUUCCAACCCAAAAUUAAAAAAACAGGGGCGGGUGAUGUGAGUGCAUCCGGCAAGAGCCGGAAGCACGUCACUCACAAGCCCAGGAGAGGGGACGUCUCUACUCUCGAUGCUGAUAGGGAGGUCAGCAAACCGGAUGCCACUCAGGCAUCGAAGGGUGGCUUUAAGCAACCCAGCACUGCUGUCGGCUCAGCAGGAGAGAAGAGGCGUCAUGGGAAGGAGGAGGAGGCUCAGCCGGACGUUCCUGUGCAAAGGCCGACCGUCGUCCAGAUGGCCAAGGAGAUGUUGCGGUCGCUCGAUCCAGAGGACAAGGCAUCCGUGAGAGGAGUCGACACCCUUAACUUGGAUGCCAUCUUGGGGAACCUCUGUGAGGCCAUGCUGCGCGUCCAAGGGCUAAGAAGGCCAAUCCAGGAGAAGACUAAGGAGGUAACAUCUGCUAAAGCUCGAGCUGAGUCCGCCUUAGACCGAGCUCAAUUUGAAAUUGCUCAGAAUGAACUUUUGACCCUUGAUAUGAUGUAUUCCCAGGCGGACACCAACCUGCAGGUGAAGAAAAACCUGGAUUCGGCUCGCUCCAAAAUUAACGACCUUAACGCCGAGAUUAAAGGCAUCAAGGCUGAAAAGGAGGCGAACAAGGAUGACGCUGAUGGUGAUGAGGCCGACUCCUCUUCAGGCUCUUUAGGGGACGAAGGCGGGGAAGAGGAAGAUGAUGAAAAUGAAGAGCAGCCGACAACUGAUGAUGCGGCUGCCAAUGCUGAUAAUCCCUCUGCCCCUUAA